CUAGAAUGGGUACUAGGAAAAAAGUUCAUGCGUUUGUCCGUGUCAAACCUACUGAUGACUUUGCUCAUGAAAUGAUCAAAUAUGGAGAUGACAACAAAACCAUUGAUAUUCACUUAAAAAAAGAUACUGGGAGAGGAGUUGUCAAUAACCAGCAGACAGACUGGUCAUUCAAGCUGGAUGGAGUUCUCCAUGAUGCCUCCCAGGACUUGGUUUAUGAGACAGUCGCAAAGGAUGUGGUUUCUCAAGCCUUCAAUGGCUAUAAUGGCACCAUCAUGUGUUAUGGGCAGACGGGAGCUGGCAAGACAUACACCAUGACGGGGGCAACUGAGAAUUACAAGCACCGGGGGAUCCUCCCUCGUGCCCUACAACAGGUUUUUAAGAUGAUCGAAGAACACCCCACACAGGCCAUCACUGUGCGUGUUUCCUACCUGGAAAUCUAUAAUGAGAGCCUGUUUGAUCUCCUGUCCACUCUGCCUUACGUUGGACCCUCGGUCACACCUAUGACCAUCGUGGGAAAUCCUCAAGGGGUCUUCAUUAAAGGCUUGUCGGUCCACCUCACAAGUCAGGAGGAGGAUGCGUUCAGCCUCCUUUUUGAGGGAGAGACCAACAGGAUUAUAGCCUCCCACACAAUGAACAAGAACUCAUCUAGGUCACACUGCAUUUUCACAAUCUACGUGGAGGCCCAUUCGCGGACCUUAUCAGACGAAAAGUACAUCACUUCCAAAAUUAACUUGGUGGAUCUAGCAGGCUCGGAGAGGCUGGGGAAGUCUAGGUAUGAGGGCCGAGUCCUGAAGGAAGCCACCUACAUCAACAAGUCGCUGUCAUUCCUGGAGCAGGCCAUCAUUGCCCUCGGGGACCAGAAGCGAGACCACAUCCCCUUCCGGCAGUGCAAGCUCACCCACGCCCUGAAGGAUUCCUUAGGGGGAAAUUGCAAUACGGUCCUUGUGACAAACAUCUAUGGAGAAGCCGCCCAGUUAGAAGAGACGCUGUCUUCACUGCGGUUUGCCAGCAGGAUGAAGCUGGUCACCACUGAGCCUGCCAUCAACGAAAAGUAUGAUGCUGAGCGAAUGGUCAAGAACCUGGAGAAGGAGCUGGCACUGCUCAAGCAGGAACUAGCCAUCCAUGACAGCCUGGCCAACCGUACCCUUGUUAACUAUGACCCCAUGGAUGAAAUUCAAAUUGCCGAGAUCAACUCCCAGGUGCGGAGGUACCUGGAGGGAACGCUGGACGAGAUUGACAUAAUCAACCUCAGACAGAUCCAGGAGGUGUUCAACCAGUUCCGGGUGGUUCUGAGCCAACAGGAACAGGAAGUGGAAUCCACUUUGCGCAGGAAGUACACCCUCAUAGACAAGAAUGACUUCGCAGCCAUCUCUGCUGUCCAGAAGGCAGGGCUUGUGGACGUUGACGACCACCUAGUGGGUGAGCCUGACGGACAAGGCUUCGGAUUCGGAGUUGCCCCUUUCUCUACCAGACCUGGGAAGAAAUCCAAGUCCAAGAAGAUGUUCAAAGAGCAGCUCAGCUCCUUGGCAAGAAAGGAGGGUGCCGGCAGCCCUGUGAGUGGCAAGGACUUGGAUGCUUCCACCUCCAAGACCCAGUUGACCCCAUCCUCCAAGGAUGGAGAUGUCAAAGACAUGCUUCUGCAGGACCGGGAGACCUCCAGUAUUGAGCCCCUUGCCUCGGAAUCCCCAAAGGAGGAAUUAUGCCCACCCAGGCCCAGCACCCCACCCGCCAAGCCUGUGGCCUUUGAGGACUUUAAGAACGAACGGGGUAGUGAGAUCAACCGCAUCUUCAAAGAAAACAAAUCCAUUUUGAACGAGCGGAGGAAAAGGGCCAGCGAGACCACACAGCGCAUCAAUGCCAUCAAGCAGGAGAUCGACAUGACCAAGGAGGCACUAAAUUUCCACAAGUCACUACGAGAGAAGCAAGGCAAGUAUGAGAACAAGGGGCUGAUGAUCAUUGAUGAGGAGGAAUUCCUGCUAAUCUUGAAGCUUAAAGACCUCAAGAAGCAGUACCGGACAGAGUAUCAGGACCUACAGGACCUCAGGGCUGAGAUCCAGUACUGCCAGCAGCUGGUGGAUCAGUGUCGACAUCGCCUGCUCACGGAAUUUGACAUCUGGUACAAUGAGUCCUUCUUUGUCCCUGAGGACCUGCAGGCGGCACUGAAGCCAGGUGGCAGCAUCCGGCCAGACAUGAUGCCUCUCAGCAGGAUUGUGUCUCUGGGAGAAGAUGACCAGGACAGGUUCAGCCGGCUGCAGCAGACGAUGCUGCCAGAGGGCCCUGAUUCUGUCUCCUUCUACAAUGCCAAAGUCAAGACAGAACAGAAGCACAAUUAUUUGAAAACCAUGAUGGGCCUCCAGCAGACACAUAGAAAAUAGGGACUCACUGCCAGUGCGUUGAAGGACGAAACCCCCAGCUACUCCUGCCUGUUCUAGAGGCACUGCCAAAGCACCUGCCCAGACUCCAAUCCCUCUGCUCCAAGGCUGGACACAGCCCAGAGAACACACAAUGGCCUGCCUGCCAGGAGGAACAGCCUUCAAAGGACACCUUUGAAUAUCUUCACAGAACACUUUUGGUUUCAAUUCACUGUCUUAUAUGCAGGGACAGGAUAAAAUAACUUUCUAGUUCGGCUUUCGGUGCUCAUCCAAGAACUUUAUUUGAUUUCCUAUCUGGGAGGAUGUCUUCCCUAUGUACAGGUGGGGUCCUAACUGAGUCUCCAGUAAGAAAGUGAAGAAGUAGGUCAGCCAGUCUCCCUCUGGCAGGCCUUUGUCCCCCUGGUCAGCCUCUUUCCUUUCCUGGAUGGCCAUCCUGGGGAUGAGGUGGGUCCGAGGAGCCCUGGUUCUCAUGGGUGAGACUGUAGGUUCUCGCAGGUAAUCCUCUCUGUGUUCCUGAGCCAGUGAAGGCAGGAGGUGCUGCUUCCUCAGCAACCAGGAGAGGAUGGGGUGUAG